AUGGCCACCGGAGGCUUCUCUCCUUCCAACCUCAUCGGCAGAGGCAGCCACGGUUCGGUUUACAAAGCCUUCCUCCACCCAAACCAAGUCGUAGCGGUUAAGAGAUCGAGUUCGGGCCACCAUAAACACAUCGCGCUCGAGAACUCCUGCAAGCUCGAGAACGAGAUACGGACUCUGUCUUCUCUACAAAGCCGCGGUUGUUGUUCGCUCCAGAAGGCCGAAAGACUUCUGGUCAUGGAGUACUUGCCCAACGGGUCACUGGAAGACCUGUUACACGAUAAAGAAGUUGCUCUCGUCACUCCCAGCAGAUCAUGCCCGUCGUGGGCCCGGCGAGUUGAGAUCGUCGCUCAACUCGCCAGGGCGGUCGAGUUCCUCCACGAAGGGUGCAAACCGCUGUGCAUCGUUCACAGGGAUCUCAAGCCCUCGAACAUCCUGUUCGACUCCAGCUGGAAGCUGAAGCUGGCUGACUUCGGACUCGCUGUGUCGCGACGACACAGCGAGUCCACAAACCAGCCAGCAGCAGCAGGUACCAUAGGCUACAUGGACCCGUGCUACACGACUUCCAACAAGCUGACCACGAAGGUCGACGUGUACAGCUUCGGGGUGGUCGUGCUCGAGAUCAUCAGCGGACGGAAGGCCAUUGACGUGGCACGAUCUCCUUCGUCGAUCGUGGACUGGUCGACCGGGUUGAUCGGGGAGCAGAGGACUAUGGAGAUUUGCGACGUGGCGGCGGGGCUGCCGGAGUACUUCAUAGCUGGCACGGUGGAGAAGCUGUUGUACGUGGCAGCACGUUGUGUGUCGUCGAAUCCUGACGACCGGCCGACGAUGGGGGAAGUCGUGGCCGGUCUGGUUGGGUUUUGUGGGCCGGUGGUUCGUCGGCCGGACCGGGUCAGGAUGCCUGGGUGGAUGGAUUUGGUGCGGAGGAAGUUGAAGCGCGUGAGGAAGAAGAGGGAUGAUGGUGGUCAAAGUCAAAGGAGCAAAGGGAAGUUGUUGCUUUGGGAGCUACUGGCUGAUAUUACACUUACCUAA